UGAAUCGAUAAUUAAAUCGUUUUAGUCGAACGUUGCCCGAGAUGUGAUCAAACUCUACCUGCACAAAAGACCAAUUGAGCUAGUUUAGGCACAGUAUAAAUAAUGUUCUUAUUUGAAGUCAAAAUCAUCACUUUUUAACACCAACUGUUUUUGAUUUUAUUUCACAACCCAGAAUCUUACUAAUUCAAUCAUCUUCCUCAUUCAUUCACUUCUUUCUGUAAUCCGUGAUCCCACAAUUUAAUUUAAUUUAAUUUUUGUUCACAAUUUCUAACUAUCGCCCAAUAAACUAUCAUCAUACCUAAAUCUCUCCUCUUGUUUUAAUCAAAUCUCUUUUGUUUUCUGAUUCUGGGUUUCAGUAUUCUAUAAUUCAAUUACAAUUACCCAAAAUUCUUAAUCAAGUUCUCCUCUUUCUGUAAUUUCUGACAAUGGCAAACCAAAAUUCAUCAUACCCAAUUCUCUGCGCUUCUUUCAAUCAGGAUUACAGUUGCUUUGCUGUGGGGACGAAGCUUGGGUUCAAAAUUUUUGAUGCUGAAACUCUCAGGCUAUGCUAUGAAAAGGAUAUGGGUGCUUUCAGCAUUGUUGAAAUGCGAUUCAGUUCGAGUCUUCUUGCCAUUGUUGGAGCUGGCGAACAGCGAGCUCUAUCUCCACGCCGCCUUUGUUUGUUUAAUACUACAACUGGAGCUCCUCUUCAAGAACUAAACUUCUUGACUUCAGUUCUUGCUAUUCGUUUAAAUAAACUUAGAUUGAUUGUUCUAUUGCAAGACAAAGUGUUCAUAUAUGAUAUCAAUAGUCUUGCGAUUUUAAGUGUGCUUGAUACUGUGCCAAAUCCAAAAGGCCUUUCCGCAUUCUCCCAUAUCUUGGAUGCUUGCUUCUUGGCUCUUCCGGCAAGUACAACCAAAGGAUCCAUGCUAGUUUACGAUGUUAUGGAGCUCCAAUCCCUGUGUGAGAUAGAUGCUCAUCUUUCACCCUUGGCUGCAAUGGUCUUUUCUUCUGAUGGAACAUACCUAGCGACAGCAUCAGAGCAAGGAACCAUGGUUAGAGUACAUACAGUACCUGAAGGAACUAAGUGUUUCAGUUUUCGUAGGGGAGCCUAUCCAUCCACAAUUUUCUCCUUGUCCUUUGGUUCAUUUAUGCAGCUCCCUAAAUUUCUUGCCGCCAUAAGUUCCUCUGGCUCUCUUCACUUAUUCAUACUUGGAGCUGCCUCUAAUCAAAGGGGUAGAAAUUCAAGUAGUUUUAUUGGUGGAAUGAUUCCUAGCUCAAUUUUGGAUCCAGCUCAUCAUCAUGUUCUUCACAACGCAGUUGUUGAAGGAGUCAAAAGUUAUGCUGUAAUACGCAAAUUGGAGAAGAUUUCCGAUUCUUCUGGCUCUGGAACAUGCCGUUUCAGGGCCACUGUUUCUGUUGUUACUUAUGAUGGAUACUUCUGGGAAUACAUAUUCAAUAUCAACCAUAAGAACGAGUCCUCAUGGGCAUUGGAGCGAGAGUACAAUCUGUUGACUGCAAUUUCUGAUAUUACUACUGGCUCAUGAACCAUGAACCUUCUUUGGUGCUUCCCUUAACUGUUCUGAUUGUAGAGUGAUCAUACAAGUGAUACAACUCACUCACUGUUACUGUUGAAUCGCCAACCUCUUUAACCUAUGCACAUGCCAUGUUCGUGCUAAAUAUCUGUCUGUCUGUCACUGCUAUCAUACUGUUGUGUGCAACUGAGGAGUCUGAUUGGUAAGGGCUGAUGAUUUGCUGCUCUGGCUCCACCUGUAAAAAGUCUGAUGAUUGAUUAUGGUUGACCUCUUUAAACAACCUAUGCACUUGCCAUGUUCGUGCUAACUGUCCGUCGCUGCUAUCUUCUUGCUGUGUGCAUCUGAUCUGAGAGCUUUGAUUGAUAGGGGUGGCUGAUUACUCGCUCCAGUAAACUUACUUGUAAAAUGGCAUAAUGUUCAAUGUUUCUGUACAGCAGUUAAGUGUACAAUGUACGUCGUACUGGUGUAGGCCGUGUAGCUUCCAGGUUGUUGUACUACUCGUAGAGUCGUAGGUAUUUUACUGGGUGUUUCUGCUCAUUCUAGUACCCUUUCCGCUCUUUACAUUACUCGUAUAUAACAAAAUGUUGUCUAGA